AUGGCAUACUGUUAUGUGGAUGAUAUAGAUGCAUCUUUGAUUGUGGUACAUAUGCUACACUCAUGUUCAAAAUACUUCCCUGUACCCACGGCCAUUGAUGGCGAAGACUUGAAAUAUAAACUUAACACUUUGAAUAAAUUAUACACAUUAUGGGUUGAUGAUAAAUUAAACGACAGCUCGUAUCAGUCCGAAAUAUAUAAAACAAUAUGUGAAAUGUUUGUUGAAAACGUAUUUCGGCAUUUACCACUGUAUUCGUAUACAGCCGAUGGCGAAAUCAACACUGAAAUGUUGUGGGAAUUGAAGCAGCUAUAUCCGGUUUACAAGGUAUUUUUGUCAUUUUUGAAUUUAAAUGGCUUUGAUGAAGAAAAACUAAUGCCAUAUGUAGACGAAACAUUCAUUAACGCUUUAAUACGACGAAUGGACAACAGUUGUGUGGAAACCGAAAGAGAUUGCUUGAAAGAGAUAUUAUUUCUGCUGUUUAAGAAGGCUAUGUACCUGAAAAGAUAUAUUCUUCAAGGUACUAUAAACUCCCUCUUAGAUUAUGGUCACAUAUCAAUCAACAUAGGCGUCAAAGAAUUGCUGGAACUGUUCAAAACUUUAAUGUGUCACAGAUUGGUGGAGUCACCGAUGAUAGCUAAGGUGUUGUCACCGUUAAUAAAGCGUAACGAGUUGUGCCAUUACGCGGGCCGAUUGCACGAGUGUUUUGAAACGGCCGUCCGCGAAGUUGACGCCGGCUUGGGCGUGUUGUUCGUGGACUACGCUAUCGACAAGUGGUCGGCGUCUGCGGCCGACGUGCCGUCGCUGUGCCGGACGCUGGCGGCGUUGUACUUUGAAGCGUGUGGUCCGAAAGAGAGAAGGCAGACCCGCCAAAGUGUAGUCGGCCACUUGGGUGGCUGCCUGUUAAAGGCUGCGGCAGUAGCGGUCGUGGACGACAUGGCGGUGGCCGCGUGUCAGGCGUAUACCGAGUUCUGUAGCCGGUUGAUCGACGACGACGUCGCCACCGCCGCAAACGAAGGAAAAAAGUGCGGCGACGGUGACGCAAUGGAACGCGUGGCCGAAGGGCUGAUCGCCGUCCACCGGGACCACGGUGACUUCUACUGCGUCCAGCACGCCGGCAACUUACUCAGGCGACUUGUCAGCGGUGAACGGUGUUUGGUGGGAGACGCCUGUCGGCUGGCUGUGUUAAAAGUUCUGGUCGAAGAUCGACCGCGGACGAUGACCGAAAACCUGGUAGAUAACACAUUUUGA